UGGCUAAGUCAUAUCAGAGAAACUAGUGAUUUUUUUCCCCCAGAACCAAGUGCCUUUUGUACGGCUGAAGCUGUUUGCGUCGAUUCAGCACUCAAGUUUUACAAUAUUUUUUUUUUACUUGAGCGUAAUAAGAAACGAUCAACAAAAUGGAUUCAUACAGGGAAUUGGUGGUCUUAAAUGAAUCCAGCUGAGCUCAACUACCAACCAGUGGCGACGUUCGAGAAGUUCGAAAAGGACAACUACAGAAUGGAGAAAGGAACUCCAUCGCGGCAGUUUUUGGCGGGAGUGAUAGUAAAUCUAGCAUCGGUUGCCCUCGGCACGUGUUUGGGCUGGACCUCACCGGUAAACAGUCAAAUAAAAUCCAACGAUACCAGUGUCAAUCCCUUGGAUGACAUACCGACUGAAUCGGAAUCAUCAUGGAUCGGUUCCCUGGUGGCCCUGGGAGCUCUGAUUGCUCCAUUCAUCGCCGGACCCUUGGCGGAGAAGUUCGGUCGAAAACUUACCCUGCUCGGAAGCUCCGCUUUCUUCAUUCUAAGCUACAUUAUUCUGCUAUUCACCACCUCAGUGGGAGCCGUCCUGGCUGCACGGUUGAUCCAAGGUUUCGGUGUCGGGUUUGUCAUGACCGUCCAAACGAUGUACAUUGGUGAAAUCGCCAGCAACGAGUUCCGAGGGGCGUUGGGAUCCCUGAUGCAGCUGUGCAUUGUCACUGGUAUCCUAUACGUAUACUCGAUUGGACCGUACGUAAGCUACGCAGCGCUACAGUGGGCCUGUCUGGCACUUCCCAUAAUUUUCGCCGCAACGUUCUUCUUCAUGCCGGAAACGCCGGCGUACUACAUUUCCAAGGGGCGCAAAAACGAUGCCAUCGAUUCGCUGCGAUUCCUGCGAGGUAAAUCCGCAGAUGGAGUCCAGGACGAACUGGCGGAAACGACCCAGUCGGUCGAGGAAUCCAUGAAGAAUAAGGCCAGCAUGAUGGAUCUGUUCAAGAACAAAGGCAACAUCAAAGCGUUGAUCAUCUGCUCCGGGUUGAUCAGCUUCCAGCAGCUAUCCGGGAUCAACGUGAUCCUCUUCUACAGUCAGACGAUCUUCGAAAAGACGGGCAGCAGUAUGUCGCCGGCCAUAUCCACUAUUUUGGUGGGCGUGGUACAGGUGCUGGCCAGUGGUGCUACUCCGUUGAUCGUCGAUCGCUUGGGUCGGAAACCGAUUCUGCUGGUAUCGGCCGGAGGAAUGUGCCUUGCCCACGGAACCAUGGGGCUGUUCUUCUACAUGGACCACAUCAAGUCGGAAUCGCUGGAGAGUAUCAUGUGGUUGCCGGUCUUUUCGCUGAUCUUCUUCGUGACCGUGUACUGCGUAGGUUUUGGACCACUGCCGUGGGCCGUACUGGGUGAAAUGUUCCCGGCGAAUGUGAAAUCGAUCGCGUCGUCGAUCGUUGCCUCCAACUGCUGGGUGCUGGGCUUUUUGGUGUUGCAGUUCUUCUCGACGCUGGACGCCGCCGUCGGAUCUCAUUGGUCGUUUUGGCUAUUUGGAAUUUUCUGCGGGGUGGCGUUCUUGUUCACGCUGACCACGGUUAUGGAAACCAAGGGCAUGAGUCUACAGCAGAUCCAGGACAAAUUGAACGAGUAGGAAUGAGUGCAGGGUGUUCGAUGAAAGAUGAUCGAUUCUUAAGUAUAGUUAAGAGAUUUACAGUUAUUUAUGAUAUAUUGUGACGAUAUUUUCGAGAAUAGAUGUUAUAUUUUAUUGUUUGUGGUGAAUAAAUGUUAAAUUGUGUUCAAGAUCA